AUGCGUACUUUGCUGGUUUUCACACUAUUGUUUGCGAUAUACAGUAUUUCUUUUGCCAUACCAACGAUAUCCAAGUGGAUUGAGUUAGCCGAUUCUAGGUCACCGCGUACCAGACGCCAGUUGGGCAUGAUGGGUCCGAUGGGCAUGAUGAGUGGAAUGGGGUAUCCCUAUGGUGGCAUGGGCUAUCCCAUGGGUAUGGGUUAUGGGCGUUGA